AAAAACCUCUUUGCUGAGUCUGUGGUUGAUGUUGUUUCCCAGCUUCAAUGGCUCGAGGCCUCGAGUUACUUUGAAGCACGUUGGUACGAACUUUAAAUUGCAUCAAUUUCUUUCUACUCCGUAUAAAAAGAGCAGUCUACAAAGUCACAGAUUCAGAUCUGAUCGAAUUCGCAACAAAUACUCUCAUCUCGAAAUUCCCACUCCAUUAUUCUCUAUCAAAACCCCCCCAGUUUCUGCAGUUCACUGGUAUUGAAUCACAAACCCUAAUUUGCGACAGCUGAAUUUCAAAAUCCGAUCUUCGAUUGAUUCAACAAUGUCGUAUCCGCCACUGAAAGCCGUAACUUUGACCCAUGUUCGAUAUCCAAGAGGCGAUAAAACAGGGCAUUUUCUUGCUUGGAUUUCUCUGGUACCAGUUUUCAUCAGCCUUGGAGGUUUUGUAUCGCACUUUUUCUUCCGCCGCGAACUACAGGGUAUGUUUUUCGCUAUUGGUUUGAUAAUCUCUCAAUUUAUCAGCGAAUCUAUUAAGUCAUGUGUGCAACAAUCUCGUCCGGAAACUUGCGCAUUACUGGAAGUAUGCGAAUCACAUGGCUGGCCUUCUAGCCAUUCGCAAUAUAUGUUCUUUUUCGCUACGUAUUUUACGCUGUUGAGCUAUCGAAAAGCUGGGUUUUUUGGUGGGAAUGAGAAUAAGUGGAUUGUGGAAGUGAUUGCUUGGUUUAUGGCAGUGCUGACUAUGUUCUCCAGGGUUUAUUUGGGGUAUCAUAGCGUUGCCCAGGUUUGUGCCGGUGCGAUUUUUGGGACGGUUCUUGCUUGGGGUUGGUAUUGGGUUGUUAAUAAUGUGUUUAUUCAUUAUUUUCCGUUGAUUGAGGAGAGCUACUUCGGGAGGAAGUUCUAUAUUAAAGAUACUUCUCAUAUAUGUAAUGUGUUGAAGUUUGAGUAUGAUAAUGCAAGAGCAGCGAGGAAAAAUUCGGCUAACAAAAACAAUUGAUGUGGGCGCACUUCUAUCUAAGUCAUAUAUUUGUAUGCGACAAUGGUGUUCAUGUUCUCUGAAUAAAGGUUCUUUUGUAGGGAAUUGUCUCAAGUAAAGGGUUAUGUAGAUCAUGUUCUCUGAAUAAAUAACUGCAUAUUGUUAUCUGUACCAGAUGAAUUGUUUGACCUAAUCACACCAUGCAAACUCUGGUUUUGGGACACCAUAUCAUUGAAGGAUCGAUCUUGCUUGAUUUGGCAGUGAGAAGUGGGGAACUGGCUGCAGUUUGCGUGUACCGUGGUGGAGGGGACUAUAGUUAUAUCAGUCACCAUAAUACUACGGGAUAAAUGAAGUUCAGUUUUUUGUUUAUGUUCAGGAACUUGGGAGAUUUUGUAAUCCUAUAUAUUGUAUAUGUUUUUUUGACAUAGGCUUAAACUUAAACGAACAGUAUUACGAACGAACUACAGAAAGUAAGAACUGCCACUAUGUUGAGCGUUAUUGCUCUUAUAAAACAGCUAAACAUAAAAUUAUACA